AUGCUCCUGUCCGUGGUCCUUGCCUCUGCCCUGCUUCUCUGCUCUGUGGCCAGCCAGAGGUGUUCGACCUUGUCAGGGAUCCAUGAUGUCACGUACCUCAUUAACAAACUGCAGGAACAUCCACCUUCAAAAUGUGACUGUGGCACCAACGUGACCGAUUGUUUGUGUCUGCCCAUUCCUUCUGACGACUGCACCACACGGUGCUUCCAGGAAGGGCUGUCCCAGAUGACCAACUCCACGGUGCAAACAAGUUUCCCCCUGAUCUUCAACCGACUAAAAAGAACCGUCAAAGACCUAAAGAGCAGCAAGUGCCAGUUUUUUUCCUGUGAACAGCCGUGUAACCAAACUGCAACAGGCAACGUGCUGACGUUCCUGAAGAGUCUCCAGGAAAUUUUACAGAAAGAAAGGAUGAAAGGCACAGUAUGAAGAUGAAAUAUUAUUUAUGCUAUUUAUUGAAUUUAAAAGCCUCCUCUUUGA